UUUUGUUUGUCACCCUCCCACUAUAGACCGGCACAAUUCUCGACUCGACUCCUCCGUUUCCUUCUCCCUACAACGUGCGGAUACACGAACAGGCAACACACAACGAGGCAACGAACCAAAGACCAUUUCUUCCUCGCACCAAUUUCAACCCUACGAGCUUUCCCUCUCCAGAAAUUUUGCGCUUUUUUGCACUCAGCUUCUCUUCGUCCCCUUUCCUUUCCCAUCGCACCACUUCCACUCGCAGGAGAAUCCGCAAGAUCCUCCCUCAAACAUGUCGACGCCCGCGUCUACCGCCACCGAUGACCACCAGGGCAAAUCCGCGGUCGAACAGAUCACCUUCCGAUUCUGCUCCGAGUGCUCCAACAUGCUCUACCCCAAGGAAGACGAAGAGACACACCGGCUUCAGUUCACCUGCCGUACCUGCCACUUCACCGAGCAAGCCACCUCGACCUGCGUCUUUCGCAACGUCAUGAACAACGCCGCGGGCGAGACGGCCGGCGUCACCCAGGACGUUGGCUCUGACCCCACGCUCCCCCGCGAAAUCAUCAACUGCCCCCAGUGCAACCACAACGAGGCCGUAUUCUUCCAAUCCCAGCAGCGGAGUGCAGAAACGGGCAUGAAACUUUUCUACGUUUGCUGCGAGUGCGGUCACAUUUUCCAGACGCAGUGAUGACAUGAUAUGACGACUCUUAUGUCAUGCUACCCAGGCGGACGAGAACCCGUUGGACAUGUUGACGAAAGAACCUGAAGAACCAUAUAAAACUUGGAAAGGCGGGAGGCGUUGCUGGAUCGGUUUUAUUUGGCAUUGUAGCCUACAUUGCCCUGCUUUCGGUAUCGCGGUAUGGCGUGCGGUGUUACUAUUUCUGGCAUUAUACAGACGCUCAAUACACUGGCAUAAUACGAAUGUGAUGGC